UGACAUCAUUGAGGAAGAUCAAAAAUGGUUUCCCGUGUGCGUUUCCAGCACCGGGGUUGUUGUUGUUGUUUUUUGUUUUGUUCGUUUGGUUAAAUAAACGGGUUAUUUCUAUUUUUAAAAACGUAUUUGGAGUGUUUUUUGUUUUUUUUGUAACGGGACGGUUUCGGUAGAAGCGGCAGGGUUGGGGUUUCCCCCUCUCUCGACGCCCUCCCGACUUCAGAAAAUUUAAAAUAAAAUAAAUACAAUGGAAGGUGAAUUUUUAACAUCGGCUCUGGAAACCCUGGACCCGUCGCUGUCGGAGCUGGGCGGUGAAUUCACCCUCGGGGAUAUCGACGAAAUGCUGCAGUUCGUCAGCAAUCAAGACUUCCCUGAUAUAUUCGAGGACCAGCGCCUUCAAACGCUGACCCCCUGUACCCCACUCCCGGCCACCACCCUCCCCCCACAGACCCAACCCCAGCAGCAGCAGCUGUACCAAGUCAGCAGCACCGCCCAGCUGUCCCCCAUCGUCCAAUCCCCACAGCCGCUGACCCUAAGCCCCGCCCACCUGACCACCGUUGGCCAGUCCCCGCAGCCCCUGGGCCCCGCUCAGAGCCCCCUUCAGCUGGUUCCCGUGGCCCCGGUGCAGCGCAGCGCCCCCUUGCUGCAGCCCCGGCUCCAGCAGAUCCAGCCCCAGGCACAGCCCCAGACGGUCGUGCUCGCCCCCGGGUUCAGCAGCAGCUCCCCCCAGACUCGCUUCAUCCAGCACCCCGUCAUCUACCAGAGCAGCCCCUCGGCCAGCUACCAGGUCUUACAGCCUCAGGUUCAGAGUCUGGUGACCACCUCUCAGGUCCAGCCAGUCACCAUCCAGCACCAGCUCCAGCACCAGCUCCAGCACCAGCUCCAGACCCAGCGGGUUCUGACCCACACCGGUACCGGAACCAUCCAGACCCUGAGCACAGCUCCCACACAGCAGGUCCAGCAGGUGCUGGUCCACCAGCCUCAGAACUCCCUGGUUCUGACCACCCUGAAGCCCGAUGGGACCCAGGUCCUGUCCACCAUGCAGAACCCAGGCAUCACCACCCUGAGCCACCCACUGCAGUUCUUCUCCGAGACCCUGGUGGGCGGCAGCGGCACCAUCCUCACCACACUUCCUGUCGUGAUGGGCGGGGACAAGCUGCCCAUCAAGCAGCUGACCUCGCCGGCGCUGUCGUCCGCGGCGACGCUGGCCGGGGGCGGGGCCGGGGAGUUCGGGGGCGGGGUUGUGAAGGAGGGGGAGAGGAGGACCACCCACAACAUCAUAGAGAAGAGAUACAGGUCAUCCAUCAACGACAAGAUCCUGGAGCUCAAAGACCUGGUCAUGGGCAGCGAGUCCAAGGUGCACAAGUCAGGAGUGCUGAGGAAGGCAAUCGAUUAUAUCCGCUACCUGCAGCAGGUGAACCAGAGACUGAGGCAGGAGAACCUGGCACUGAAGAUGGGCAACCACAAGAACAAGUUGAAGAGUGUGAAUCUCUCCUCUCUGCUCGAGUCCGAUGUUGAGAUGAAGACUGACGACUUCAAGCAGAACCUGCUGAUGAUGUCACCGCCCGCGUCGGACUCGGGUUCCGCGGCCGAGUUCUCCCCCUAUUCCAUCGACUCGGAGCCGGGGAGCCCCCUGCUGGACGAGGCCAAGGUUAAGCAGGAUCCUGACUGCUCCUCCUCCUCUCUGGGGGUGCCUGAUCGAUCUCGAGUCCUGCUCUGCGCUCUCACCUUUAUCUGCCUCUCCUUCAACCCCCUCUCCUCUCUCCUGGGGACCCGGGGGCCUGCUCUGGGCUCCAGCCCAGGAGAGGAGGCCCACAGCUUGGGCAGGACCAUGCUGGGGGUCCAGGACACGGAGCCCUCCAGUGUGGACUGGCUCUCCUGGCUGCUCCCUGCUGUGUUGCUGUGGGUGGUGAAUGGGUCGCUGCUACUGGGAGUGCUGGCCAGGCUGCUGGUGCACUGGGAACCCGUCACACGGCUGCACUCCCCCUCCUCCCUCGCACACUGGAGACACCGCAAGCAGGCUGAGCUUGACCUGGACAGGGGUAAUUUCUCCUCGGCCGGCAGUAACCUGCACACCUCCCUCUCUCUCCUCUCUCGCUCUCUCCCCACCUCUCGCUGCGACCUCGCCUGCUCCCUGGCCUGGAACCUCAUUCGCUACUCCCUGCAGCGGGUCCCGCCCCUCCGCUGGGCCCUGCGCCUGAUUGGAGGGGGCGGGAGGGAGGGGGCGGGGCUGGAGGAGGAGGACAGGAAGGUCAGCGCUGGAGACGCCUCCCGGGUGUAUCACAGACUGAACCAACUGCACCUCACAGGGAAGCUGCAAGGCAGCGCCCCCUACAGCGUGAACCUGGCGCUGAGCGCGGUGAACCUGGCGGAGAACGCGGGGGAGAGAAUCCCCCCCCGGCUGCACGCGGAGAUCUUGGUGACGGCCGCCAUCGCUCUGAGGAGAGCCCUGAGGAGCCACUGCAACUGGCUGCCUGGGUACCUCCUGAGCUGUGCGGAGGGUGUGGCCCUGCACCUCUCGGACCCGAGGCCGGCCCCCGAUUCACUGCGCUGGCUCUUCAGCCCUCUGGGGCGCCAGUUCUUCCUGAGCUGUGAUUGGACGGUGAGGUCCCCGGCGAGGGAGGGGCUCUACUCAUCACAGAGGGAGACCGUGGACCCUGUCUCUCAGCUGCGCAGUGUGUUCUGUGAGACGCUGUUGCAGAGAGCAGUGUACUCCCUCAUCAGACCAGACUGUACCAUCGAACCGGCUGCAGAGGGGAGCAGUGCUCUGCAGUAUCUCCAGUUGCUGAACAGGUUCUCUGAUGAUACUGGAACCAGCAGCAGCGCCCAGAACUUCCCAGUGCAGCCCGGCCCAGCGACCCCCACCGGAGGAGACCCCGUGUGCCGCUGGUGGGCGUCGGCCCUCACCCUGACUGUCCAUUGGCUGCAGGGCGAUGACGCGGCUGUGAGGUCACAGCUCUCAGAGGUGGAGCGUCUGCCCAAGAGCCUGCAGCUCCUCCACCACCCUCUUCCCAAGGCCCUGCUGCACCUGUGCAAGGCCAUGCAGAGCGAGGCUGACCCUGCGGGGCUGGAACACUGCGAGAGAGCCAGCGGCUACCUGCAGCACAGCCUCAAUAUCACCCUGAGCCAGCCCGGCACUCAGGGAGUGAACAAGGCGAUGGAGCUCCUGUUGUGCGACCUCCUUUUGACCCUGCGGACCAGCCUAUGGCAGAAAGGGGGCGUGUCCAGGGGAGAGUCUAGCCCCGCCUCUGGCUCCCAAUUGGCCGGUUUCCAGAGGGACCUCAGUGCCCUUCGGAAACUGGGGAAACAUUUCAAAGAAGCACAGCGCAAGAUGUUUCUUCACGAGGCGAUGGUCCGGUUGAUGGCUGGGGCGAGUCCCACCCGAACUCAGCAGCUGCUGGAGCACAACCUGAGGAGGAGGAGCCCCCCAAAAUACACAGCGGAGAGGGAUGCCAGCUCUCUCUUCCCCGGAGACAGUGAGCGAGCCCGCGCUGUCCUCCUGGCUUGCCGUCACCUCCCCCUGCCUCUGCUGACCCCUCCUGGCCAGAGAGCGGUACUGCUGGCCGAAGCGGCCCGCACACUGGAGAGGGUCGGGGACCGGCGAUCGCUGCAGGACUGUCAACAAGUCCUGCUCAGACUGGGGGGUGGAACCACCAUAGCUGCCUCCUGAGGGACCCACACGAGGGGCUCUUGUUUCUGCGCGGCCGGUCGCACAGCGGAAAUUCAAACUCUGUCUCACCGUCGGAGGCGUUCUCACUGGGGGGGGGGGGGGGGGAAUAACGCAGAUCCACGAGAAGUCUGGAGCGCUGUGAUACCCCGUACGCAGCUGUGAGAUCAUUUUGAUCAUCUCCAAUGAAUUUUAUUCCAGUACCUAAAACGUGGCUAUUAUUAUUAUUUAUUAUUAUUAUUAUUAUUUUAUUAUUAUUAUUAUUAUUAUUAUCGCAUUGUGUAACACAAUU